UGACACCUGAGCUGGGGAGGUAUAAAAGGCAAGCUUGCUGUCUCCCUUGUUUUCCUUCAGCAAGGACGAGCUACUGGCCAAGGCCUUGUAGUAAUUUGUUAAUGUUUCAGAGAGUCUCCAAAGGCCUGGGCCAGCUUGAAGCCUAUGUUGAUGCAGAGGAAGGGGUGGCUUUCCAGAUGGACAACAACCUGGUCUGGGACUCGCGCGAUGGUCAAUACACAUGGGCCAUCCAGGGCCUAUUUGAAAAGAUGGAGUCUGGCAAAUUCUGGGUCACCCAUCUGCCCUCAGGAAAGGUUAUGCUGAGAAACUGGGCAGGGAUGUAUCUUGCUGCAAGGAAUGUUGGCGAAGACCCCAAAAGCUUCCCCAUCCAACCUGUCCAGUACUCGGAAGAUGCAUCCCUGAAGUUUGAUGUUUUUUACAAGGACAAUAGGGUAGCUUUCCGGGCCUACAAUGGUCUCUUCAUGACCAGAGUACAUAGAGCGUUCCACUCCCUGGAAGCUGUCAAGUUGGUUGCUGAUGAUUCUUGCUAUUUCCGUCCCUUGAUUGGUGACCUCUUACUUCCUAAGUUUAAAAUAUUGAGAGUGAUCACAGGUGACCUCUCACACGUGAAAUACCACCGCCGUGUCUUAGAUAAGCAGGUCUGUGUCAACUGGGCUGAGGUAGCAAAGCAACACACUUUCAAAAUGACUUGGGAGACCACAGUUUUUGACAAGGUUCGCUGGAACAGUCUGUGGGGGCUUGGUUUGGAAACAUCCUUUCAGUUCACAAUUGAAGAAGCGAUGCCCCGUUUGGAGUACACCAAGAACAAUGACCAGACAGUCCUUGUCAAGAGGUAUAUUUAUCAGAGGCUUACUGAGGAGGUGCUGGUGCCCCCCCAUUCUGAAGUCAUAGCCAAGCUUGUUGUCAACAGAAACCCUACUGUUACUGUGUCAUUCACUGCCGUGAUCCAAAAAGUGAAAUCAAAUGGGGAUGUAGUGAUGUUGCAUAAAGGUGGGGUCUGGAAGGGGCUUGUCUAUCAUGGUGUCCAGUUGGAGAUCACCAAGCGUAAGCUUAGUGAGCACAGAGCUAGUGAGGAAUGCCUACUCAUGUGACAUCACGAGGAGUGGUGACCUUCCAAGGGUGCAGUGUGUAUUGGACUAUGAUGGACUGCAUUGGGCUCAUUCCUGAAGAAAUGCAGCUGCUCAUGAUUCUAGACCAUUCUGGUUUGGUCCCUUGUAGAAUGCUGUCAUUUUGAAGACUAGUUUUCCUCCCAGUCAAGGCAGGCAUUUCUCAUAUUAUGAAGCAGGGAGAAAAACAUCUCCCUAUUAAUUUUCUCCACGCCAAUGUUUCUAAGGAUUAGAGCUGUAUACCCAACUGGUUCCGUGGGCCUUGCUCUUUUGCACGUAAGGGUUGCAGCCUUCCUGUUUCCUGGCAGCCCCUUCUGUCUCCUAGGUGCCCCAAAAUGACGGCUACCUUUUUAUGGCAUAGAGGAAAAGAGCUCCUCACCUUUUUAGCAUGCUUUAAACAACUUUAAUAAAAUCGAAUACUCUGUG